AUGUCUCCGACAUCUAAUUAUCAAGAAGAAACAACUUCAUAUUCAAGAGAAAAUCUCCUAAUAAAAUUAGAUUACGCUCAUUACAUGAAACCUGAUGAAGAAGAAAAUCUAAAAUCUGUUCAUUUAUUACAACGCGUUACUAAUUAUUUAGCAGCUGCGAUGAUUUUCUUGCAGGAUAAUGCGCUGUUGCUCGAACCAUUAACUAAAGAUCAUAUCAAAGAACGAUUGUUGGGUCAUUGGGGAUUGAAUUUGAUAUAUGCUCAUUGCAAUUAUUUGAUCAAAAAACACGCUACUCCGAUGUUUCUUGUGACUGGACCAGGUCACGGCGCACCUGCAAUCCUAGCAAAUCUAUUCCUGGAGGGAUCUUUAGAGAAAUUUUACCCGGAUUAUGGACUAAAUAUGCAAGGCAUCACUAAAUUGGUUAAAUUUUUCAGUUGGCCGGGUGGUUUUCCGAGUCAUGUGAAUUCUGAAGUUCCUGGGCAGAUUCAUGAAGGUGGUGAAUUAGGUUACGCGCUGUCAGUUAGUUUUGGCGCGGUUAUGGACAAUCCUGAUCUGAUUGUUACUUGUGUAGUUGGAGAUGGUGAAGCUGAGACUGGUCCAACUGCUACUGCUUGGCACUCAUAUAAAUUUAUUGAUCCAGCGGAAAGUGGUGCUGUUUUACCUAUUCUUCACGAUAACGGCUUCAAAAUUUCUGAAGAAACCAUUUAUGGUACAAUGGAUGAUAAUGAGCUUGGCGCAUUAUUCACUGGAUUUGGAUAUAAAGUACGAAUAGUAUCUGACCUCGAAAACAUCGACAAAGAUCUUGCUGCAUCAAUGGAAUGGGCAUAUCAAGAAAUUCGCAACAUCCAAAAACACGCGCGAUCCUCCGACCUUAAACCAAUUUUCAAGCCAAGAUGGCCAAUGCUAAUUCUUAGAACACCAAAGGGCUGGACCGGUCCAAAAACACUACAUGGUCAACCGAUCGAGGGAUCAUUUCGAGCUCACCAAGUUCCACUUCCACAUGCCAGAACAGACGACGAGGAAUUCCAACUACUAGAUUCGUGGCUGAAAAGUUAUCGAAUUCAUGAACUGAUUGAUGUCGAAAAAGUGAAGAAUGGCGCUUCUAUUGCGAAGGCGGAAAUAAUCGAUCAACGUGUGCUGGACGUUAUUCCAAAUGAAAAACUUCGAAUGGGAAGCAGGAAAGAAACGUAUGCAGCUUAUAAGCCGUUAGAGUUGCCUGAUCCUAGAGAGUUUAUGUUGCAAAAGGGGGAAAUUGUUAGUUCGAUGUCAAAGAUUGGAGAUUAUGCGGCUAAAGUAAUAGAAGCAAAUUUUAAAAGAUUCCGAAUUUUUUCGCCGGAUGAAUUAGUUUCAAACAAACUAGACCACGUUUUCGAAGUGACAAAUCGUAAUUACCAAUGGUCAUCGAGAACUGCGAAUAAAGGUGGUCGUGUGCUUGAAAUUCUUUCUGAACACACCUGUCAAGGCUGGAUGCAAGGAUAUACGUUAACAGGAAGGGUCUCGUUGUUCCCAUCCUACGAGACUUUUCUAGGAAUUAUAACAACGAUGAUGAUCCAAUACGCAAAAUUUGUGAAAAUGGGAGUGGCAACCACAUGGCGACAACCGCAUGGUUCUAUAAAUUAUAUAGAGACCAGCACGUUAUGGCGACAGGAGCAUAAUGGAUUCUCACACCAAAAUCCCGGAUUUCUCAAUAAUCUUAUUAAUAUGAAAGCAUAUUUAGUCCGAGUCUAUCUUCCACCAGAUGCAAACUGUUUCUUAAGCACCCUUGCUCAUUGUCUACGUGCAAAAAAUUACAUCAACCUCAUGAUUGGCAGUAAGCAACCAACACCAGUUUGGCUCUCACCCGAAGAAGCAGAAAUUCAUUGCAUCGCUGGGGCAUCAAUCUGGCAAUUCGCGUCCACCGAUUCCGGAAUAGAUCCCGACGUCGUUCUUGUUGGGUGCGGCGUUGAAGUAACAUUUGAAGUGAUUGCAGCGGCGCAUUUAUUAAGAAAGGAUGCGCCAGAAUUGCGUGUUCGCGUUGUAAAUGUUACUGAUUUGAUGAUUUUGCCCCACGAAGGAACUCAUCCGCAUGCACUAGAUCAUAGCACCUUUGAAAGCUUAUUUACGAAUGAUAAACCGGUCGUCUUUAAUUUUCAUGGAUAUCCGAGUGUUAUUAAAUCCUUGAUAUUUGAUCGCCCGCAUACUGAUAGAUUUACCGUGUUUGGAUACGAAGAAGAAGGAACGACAACAACUCCGUUUAAGAUGCUAACGGCAAAUGGCACAAGUCGUUUCGACGUGGCAAUAGCAGCGAUCCGAGGUGCCGUACAUACUGGGCAUCAUUCACUCUUGGCCAUUCGAGCACACGAGUUAAUUUCGGGGUACAUGCAUCAAAUUAGGGAACAUGAAAAGUAUAUCGAAAAGUAUGGAAAAGAUCCGGAGGAAUUGUUCAAAAUGCCAAAGUUUGAUUGA